AGCAAAGCAGUUUUAACCGAUAUUAUUCGAUAGCAUUCUCACAAAUCCAAAAUGGCUGACGAAACCACCUCCGACUUAGCCCCAGCUUACGCACCAUUCUUCGGAUGUAUGGGAGCAGCAUCAGCUAUCAUCUUCAGUUCAUUGGGGGCUGCUUAUGGAACAGCUAAAUCAGGAGUCGGUAUCUCUGCUAUGGCAGUAAUGAAACCUGAUCUGAUUAUGAAGUCUAUCAUUCCUGUGGUUAUGGCUGGUAUCUUGGCUAUCUAUGGUCUUGUCGUCGCUGCUCUUAUCAUCCAGUCACUAUACCCAGCACCGAAAUACACCCUCUUCAUGUCAUUCUGCGACUUUGCUGCCGGACUUUCAGUCGGAAUUUGUGGACUUGCCUCUGGUUUUGCUAUUGGAAUCGUCGGAGAUGCAGGUGUGAGAAGCACAGCACAGCAGCCUAAACUGUUCGUGGGUAUGAUCCUGAUCCUUAUUUUCGCUGAAGUGCUCGGACUCUACGGUCUUAUCGUCGGAAUCAUCCUUCACAUCAGGAUUACCACCAAAGCAACGUCAUAAAUACUUCUUAACGCCAUUUCAACGAACACUCCUGCCGGUCAGGAUCAAAAUAUAUUGUAGUGUGAUAAGAAAUAUUAGUUGAUUGGAAAACAAUUAGACAACAUUCUCAUACUUGCAGUCGAGUAUAAAUACUAUAUAUGUUUAAAAGGUUUCGAAAGAAAGGCUUUUUCAUUUACCGUCUUAAUGUAAUCUAGAUCAAAAUGUGUAGUGUAUAGAACAUUCUGGAUCAUUCUGGAACAUUCAUCUGCUGGAUUUCUCGCUUCAAGUGUGACGAUCCAGUGAUAGAUAGCAUGAUCUGCUUUCUCAAGAUCUUGAACCGUUUUACAGUUAAUUUCUAUUAGUAAUUUAGUCUGGUGUUAAAGGGUUUCUGAUUCGCCUCGUUAUUGAGAUUCGUCACUUUGGGAGACGUUGCAUGUAGUGGGGAGACCUUGCACACAGUAUCUGCUUAUCUUAUUGAGAAUAGCGGAGGAAACUGUGAAUUGUAAGAUCUAGUCACGUGUUAUUUUCAUUCUGUUAGGUAAUUUUUUUAGAAUUUAACACUUGGCUUCACACUAGACCAAUUGCAAUGUAUUUGUUCAAAAAGAUUAAUCCUUUCGACCGAAAUUGCACAUCAUGACACACUAUCUUGUUUCCAUCCCAAGAGACGGAUCUCAUUUGAAAAGUAACAUUUCUUAUUUUGUGUCUAUAUGGUAAAUUUUCUGAAGUUCGCAAUUGGUUUUGGUACACAAUCGGUCUUUUAAAUUAUUUUAUAGUCGCAUUGUUAUUACGAAUAUGUAUUAUUUCGUGUGCACGUGACAUUGGUUGCCAUGGUGACUGCGACGUCUUGUUAUAGUCAUCAUCUCACCCAUGUCACGUGCCAUCGUUUAUCAUGUGAACUACAUUAUAAAUUUGUGUGAAAUUCUUUGAUGUGACUCAUCCAAA